AUUAUCUAUCAAAUUUUUCUCAUCCUUCAACACAAACAACGUCCACACCAAUUAAGGUGACAGUCAAUAGUCGCACACAUUACAACCAAAAGAAAAAUAGUAAAAAAAAAUCAAGUGUGAGAGAGAAAAUUAACAAUCAAAUUAAGAGCAAUAGCAAAAUUAGCAAGUAAUUCUAACGGUUAGGAAGGGGAUGGUGAUGGCCGUGACCGCCAAGUCACGGCGUCCCAAGACGAUGCCGGAGGCCGCAACCCUCGGCAUCCUCGCCUUCGACGCCGGUAAGACCAUGUGUCGAUUGAUCUCUCUCUACAACUCUCUCUCAGGAGACGAAAUCACCAAACUCCACAAUGAAGUUAUUAAAUCCAAAGGAGUAACAUAUUUGAAUUCCAACGUUGAAAAUUUCCUCCUCAACCUCGCCGCCGCCGAACGCCUGGAGGAGCUCGAUAAAAACGCUGCAACCGUCUCCCGUCUUGGACAAAAGUGUUCUGACCUCGGCCUCUCACGGUUCGACCUUGUUUAUGCCGAUCUCAAACAUGGUGUAAUUGACCUUCGCAAGCUCCAGUAUGGCUCCCGAAGCGCCAACAAGAUUGUCGAGAAAACGGAGAGACUUGUCUCCGCAACAGCCAGUCUCCACUCUGCCAUGGAAUACAUGACAGAGCUGGAGACUGCGGAAAAAAAAAGACAACAACAACAACAACGUUGUUGGAACACAAAAACAAUUUGUCAAAAAACAAACGUGGAAUAUUUCAACGAGAAAUUAGUUUCCCAAAGAAAGCAAGUGCAACAUUUCAAGGAAACAUCAUUAUGGAAACAAACAUUUGACAAAACGGUUGGGAUCAUGGCAAGGCUUGUUUGCAUUGUGUAUGCAAGAAUAUGCUCCGUUUUCGGAGCAUAUAUUAAUAACAGUCAUACUGACAACAAUAAAUCGGCGUUCAUUGAUUUUGGAUUGGAUAAUUGUUGCCUUCUGGAACACCGCGAGUUUUAUGAGAUUAAAACUCGCAGUCUUUCAGAAUGGUACGAGGAAUCGCUUCAUAAGCGUAUGACAAAGUCAGGGCCUGUUUCAAAAACAGCAGCAACAGCUAAAAUGAUUAGGUUUAUCAACAAUCCUAUGCCAAUGGAUUUUUCUUCUGGUGGUGGUGGUGGAAUUAAGAAAACGUUGAACGGUAAUAACAAUAAGGUUUUGAAGUUAGCGCCGUCGUCCACCGUGGGUGGAGUCGGGCUGUCAUUGAGGUAUGCUAAUGUGAUUCUAUUGGCCGAGCGUUGCCUCCACGCGCCGGCGACAGUCGGAGAGGAAGCGCGCGAGGCAUUGUACGAGAUGUUACCGGGGAAGUUGAGGGCGAAGGUGAGGUCAAAACUGAAGGGACGGCUGGCGAAAGAGGAUGAUGAAGGAAGUAACGGACACUCGCUGGCCGAAGGGUGGCAGGAGGCGGUGGAGGAGCUAAUGGAAUGGCUAUCUCCGGUGGCACACGACACGGUUCGGUGGCAGGCGGAGCGACAUUUGGAGAAGACGAAAUUCGAGAUGAAGCCGACAGCUAUGCUUCUGCAGACUCUGCAUUACUCUGACUUAGAGAAGGCAGAGGCUGCAAUUGUGGAAGUGUUGGUUGGAUUGAGUUGUAUAUAUUGGUGUGAGAGAAAGUUGUAGCGAAAGAGAUGUAUAAUUGAUAUAAUUAGGAGUAAUUACAUGAAUUUUGAAAUUUUAAUUUAUGGUGUUACUGUUAAUUUUAUGAAAUUAUGAUUGUUUUGUGGUUGUUUAUUGCAGUGUGGUUGAUAGUUGAUACAAUAUGUAGCAAUCAUGAGAUCAUAGUUUUAAACUACAGUUAGUAAUUGUAAUUGGUAUGGUGCUUUGUGGCUUAAUUGUUGCCUGUUUUGAUUAAUAAGGGAAGAUGUUCUAUUCUAGGUUUUGGUAUAAUAUAAUUUAUGGUUAGUAGUAGGAACAAAUUAGUUUGAGUACUUUUUAUAGCUUCUGAAUGUGUUCAAUUUAAAUUUCAAUUAAUGUACCCUUUGAAUUAUUAAGGAGGAAAUUGUGUUGCUA